GGGGCAGUGCGGAAAAGUGCAACCGCGAACGACAGACGUCCCACUUGCGAUGUAUGCCGUUUCGUAUCGAUUCACAGAAAAACGGAUUUCUCGAUAUAUCGUAUCGUCGCGAUGCUCGUCAUUCUCCAGUGCAGAAAGUGCAACGCGGUAACAGCUGCUGGGAACGACUGUCGUUCGCUUAUUUCACUCGAAUAGAGCAAGACAAGACGCAGUAUUCCGUUUGAGAUGCUUUCGAAGGCCGGUCGUUUUGAGAACCGUGCCUGUUCGCGAUGACAUUGUUAUGCCAUUUAUUGUUUAUAUUGUGAUUUUGUUGCGUCGAUUUUUAGCAUCACGUUGCACUGCAAAUUUAUUUGAACUCCAAUUUCUCCAGUUUCUUCUUCAAUUUUGCAAAAGAUUCGAAACACACACGUACAAUUGUUGAGGAGGUACAGUUUUUGUAAUAUAACGCAUUGUUAUUCAAAGCGACGUCUCGCUUUUAGAAACUUGUUGGGUAACAAAAGACAUGUCCACGAGAAAGAUACCUGGCGAUGUGGUCCCUUCGAAGAAGGAAAGCCAAGGCUACAUCGAUAAUUUAGGCAAGAUGCAGAAGUUUCAAUUAGAAGAGCUCUUAGAAAGGCAGAAAAAAAUUCUUGCCAAUAAGAAAUUUAUCUCGAAGCUUCCCGACAAAGGAGAGAAAAUAAUAAAUUUUCACAAUAAAAUAUUAAAGGAACUUGAACAUAGAAAUGAAGUGGAAGAGGCUGCCAACUUGUUGUCGAGGUUUAACAUAGCGUCCGAAGGUAAAACUGCCUUGAGCAAAUUGGAAUGGAUAGGAAAGUACAAUAAGGAUGACGAGGAUACAAUCAAGAUCGUCGAGCUGGACAGCGACGACGAAGAAGAUCCAUUGAAGAUACUAGCUCAGCCUACAGGAACUGGUAUUCACAAUAAGAAGAUUGUACACGUAGCACCUGAGGAAAGUCUCAUUAAGCCAGAAGACAUAGCAGAGAUCGAAACCUUCAAGACAAACCCUUUAGAUAUAGAACACGUGAAAUAUAUCGUCGAUAAAGUAGAGAAAACACAGGAAACAAAUAAAAAGGAGCCGUUUAAACCAUAUAAAACAACAAAGAGCAAUGUACAUGAUCCAAUGAAGGAAAAACAAAGAAAACUACAUAAACAUUGGGAAGUCACUGCAGCUACACCACCUCUCAUAGUUCACGGAGCAGCCAAAGUUAUGAGUUUGAAUGAAUCUUUGAAAUUGCAAAAGGAACAAACUGAAAAAUUACAGAAAAUUCAAGCAAAACAUGCAGUGGAACGUCUAGCUAAUCAAAUAGGACACGGAAUUGAUCCCAUACCACAAAAUGUCGAUAAUUACCGUUUACAUACAAACGAUUUACUUUCCUCUUCUGACUCUGAAGAUGAAGAACAAGAAGUGCACGACGAGGAAGAUAACGACAGAAGUGGAACAGUUGUAUUCACUAUAGAUUCUAUAGAAAGCUAACAAAGACUUAUAUUAUGUGCAUAUGUAUGAAAAAGUAUCAACUCUAAAAAUAUUAAUUUAUUUUUACUUUAAUAAAAUUAUUUUUAUUGUGACUGCUAAA